UCGCGCUUUUCUCUCCUUCUCCAAGAUGGCGGCGGUCGGCGGCGCAAAGGCGGGACCCGGGCGAGCGGAGUGAAGACCUGGCCCUGUAGACGGGAAGGAGCCUGGACACAGUGACACAUUCUCAAAGGCCCUGCAGAAUCCACCAUGGCUUAUGAUGACUCCGUGAAGAAAGAAGAUUGCUUUGAUGGUGAUCACAGCUUUGAAGACGUAGGACUUGCCGCUGGUCGGAGCCAACGAGAAAAGAAACGCUCUUACAAAGACUUCUUAAGGGAAGAGGAAGAAAUCGCUGCUCAGGUCAGGAAUUCUUCCAAGAAGAAGUUAAAGGAUAGUGAACUUUACUUCUUGGGCACGGACACACACAAGAAGAAGAGGAAGCACUCCUCUGAUGAUUACUACUAUGGAGACAUUUCGUCUUUGGAAUCAUCACAGAAGAAAAAGAAAAAGUCCAGCCCGCCACCUGCCGAUACAGCUAUGGACCUGUUGAAAGCUAUCACUUCCCCCCUGGCCACGGGCUCCAAGCCCCCCAAAAAGGCAGGAGAGAAGUCCUCUAGCUCCUCCAGCCAUUCAGAGAGUAAAAAGGAACACCACAGGAAGAAGGGCAGUGGCAGCAGUGGGGAGCUCUCCCUGGAGGACAGCAGCACCCACAAAUCCAAAAAAAUGAAGCCACUCUUUGUGAACACAGAAACACUGACCCUUCGUGAGCCGGACGGCUUAAAGAUGAAACUCAUUCUGUCGCCAAAGGAGAAGGGAAGCAGCUCAGUUGAGGAGGAAUCUUUUCAGUACCCUUCCCAACAAGCAGCUGUGAAGAAAUCCUCUAAGAAAUCAGCUCGGGAUGAGCAAGGUGCUUUACUCCUAGGACACGAGCUACAGAACUUCCUGAAAACAGCCCGGAAAAAGCACAAGUCAUCCUCAGACUCACAUGCAUCUCCUGGCCCUGAAGGCUGUAUGUCCGAUGCCUCACAGUUUCCAGAACCCCAAAGUGCUAACCUUGACCUGUCAGGGCUCGAGCCCGUUCUAGUAGAAUCAGACUCGUCCUCUGGUGGGGAGCUAGAGGCCGGUGAAUUAGUAAUAGAUGAUUCUUACCGGGAAAUCAAGAAGAAAAAGAAGUCAAAGAAGAGCAAAAAGAAGAAGGACAAGGAGAAGCAUAAAGAGAGGCGACACUCCAAGUCCAAGAGAAGUUCAGGACUGUCCAUGGCGGCAGCAGGAGAGGCCCCCAUGACCGCUGGUCCUCCCCCCAGCCUCCCAUACACUGGAGCCUCCACCCCCACCCCUGCACCUCCUGCCCUCCAUAUGGAUGGACAUGGUGAGAAAAAAAAGAAAAAAGAAGAGAGGGACAGAGAGAGAGAGCGGGGAGAAAAGCCAAAAAAGAAGAACAUGUCUGCCUACCAGGUGUUCUGUAAAGAGUAUCGCGUGACCAUUGUGGCUGACCAUCCUGGCAUAGAUUUUGGGGAACUUAGUAAAAAGCUGGCUGAGGUGUGGAAGCAGUUGCCAGAAAAGGACAAGCUGAUUUGGAAGCAAAAGGCCCAGUACCUGCAGCACAAACAGAACAAAGCCGAGGCUACAACUGUGAAGAGAAAAGCAUCGGGCCCGGAAGGCUGCGUGAAAGUCAGAGCUUCCUCUGUGGGAGUCCUGUCACCUCCAAAGAAGUCCCCACCUACCACCAUGCUGCUCCCAGCCUCACCCGCCAAAGCCCCCGAGACAGAGCCCAUUGAUGUCGCCGCUCACCUCCAGCUGCUGGGGGAGUCCCUGAGCCUGAUUGGACACCGCCUGCAGGAGACAGAGGGCAUGGUGGCGGUUUCUGGCAGUUUGUCAGUGCUUCUGGACUCCAUUAUCUGUGCUCUUGGUCCCUUGGCAUGUCUGACCACACAACUACCUGAACUGAAUGGCUGUCCCAAACAGGUCCUGUCGAACACACUAGACAACAUUGCCUACAUCAUGCCUGGACUGUGACAGCCAGCCGCCCUGGGACAGGCCCUGCUCCGCCCCUUUGCUGGUUUGUGUAGCACGACUGUUCAGACCCCUCCGCUGGCCCCUUUGUCUGGGUAUAGGUUUUAAAGUUUUUUAUCUAUACAUAUGUGUGUAUAUAAUGUACAGUAUAUACAUAGGACUGUAACUACUUUGCUUUUAAUAAUUUUAUGGAAGGGCAAAGGUUUAGCCACAAGGAAACUUUGGCAUGAAUGUGGGCUUGGAUUUUUUUAUUCCCUUGUGGAUAAAUCUGCCUUAAAAAAAAAAAAAUCAGUGUAAGGGGCCUAGGGACUUGUUCUGGAUGCACACGCAUCUCCUCAUAGACAGCUAAAAUGUGAUUUUGUUUUUUCUGUUUCCAAACUCAGUUGUACCUCCAGACCCAUCACUGACCAUUUGCCUUACCUGUCUUUCAGUCGGAAAUGUAAUGAGAAAGAUUAUGGGAUGGUGACAGCUGACCAAGAGUCCAAAGCCUUUCAACUUGCUAUGUCCUGGGGAAGGUGCUAGGACCUUUCCCACUGCAGCUCUAGACCUGGCCUAGGUGAGCUGAGUAGGGCUUCUCUGUAGUCCUGCUAUACCCGUUCCAGGUCUCAGUUGUUGUAAGCAUUGGUACCCUUGCCAGCCUCAGUAAAGGCCAAGUUGCUAUGAGAUUGCUGGCAGCAAAAAGAAAAAACCUUGAAGUGAACAAAGCUGUCAGUGUCACCAGGUGAAUCUGCUAGAAUAUUGGGUCUGCAAAGCCAAGAGCUGCUAUCUUUCAUUGGCAGCAUUAGGUUGGCCACCAAAUCCCCAGACUCUGCUGCUUAGCUGCUAGGUGGUGGUGGAAGGGCAGCCGGGCCCAGGGUGGUUCUUGGGUUCGUCUUGCCGGUUCCCCUGGUGGGCAGAUAGGAACAUUCCACAUUCCACACGGAAGUGAAUGGCAAAAAAAAAAAAAGUACUCAAUUCUCAUGUAGGUCUAUUUAUAUAUGUGUGUGAAUGUGUGUUUUAAUUAUGUAUAUUUAACUCUCUGAAGUUUCUUAGAUUUUAAUUUAUCCUGUAAAUUUCUGUAUAGAUAAUUUAACUACAGAAUUCUCCACCAGCAGCAGCAUGUGGAACAUACAGACCUGUCAUUUCUCCCUCCCUUCCUCUGGUCUGUUCUGAAAAUCCCAAAUCAUCUACAUUUCAAAGCAUACCUCAAAAAGGAGUCAUUAUGUUAGGAUUCUAACUCUAUAGAGAACUUCAUGGCCUUCAAUAAUGUUAAGUGAGGGCUGGCAGUAAGGCUCUGUGGUAGAGCACCUGUCUAGCAAGUACGAAGCCCUGAGUUCAAACCCCAGUACCAACAAACCAACCAAACAAUAAUGUUAAAAAUGAAAUCGCCUGCCCUCAGUUCCAAAGAACCACACCUCCUCCCAGUAGGAAAGGAGCACUGGGGUGGUUUUUAAGCUUGAUGUGAGACCCUGCCCAAACUAAGCUCUGAAGUAAGCAUGCUCUUCCCUGGCCUGGCCUCGAUGGCACAGAUGGCAUCGCAGGGAGUCUGGGGAUGGUGCAGCCAGCCUGCAUCCCACUCAGUUCCUUCCCGCCUCCCCGCCAGUCCUGGCACGCAGCUUCCCAAAGCUACGCUGGCUGCCCUGCCUCUUUCUCAGUCCAGAGUAGUUUAAUCAACAAACACAGAAGGAAAGGAGCCCAGGGGAACUAAAAUCAAGAAGGCAGACAUCGCAGCUUGCAUUCAUGUGUCAGGACCUUACACCAUGCCACCUCGGUACCCAGGGGAGCUUCCUGAUAGACAACAGGGUAUUCAGGGGCCAGGAAGAUGUGGGUAGUACAGUUAUUGUCAGUUGUAUGUGUUCCUAAUGUCCUGGUCAGGACUUGCCUUUUCACUGUUUUCCUUUGAAAUCCAGCCCUGUUGUAUUUGUAUUUAAGAUUUGUACACAUUUGUAUAAUAAUCUGUACCUUGUGGUAUUUGGUACUAUUAGAGGAAAAACUUUGGAUUCUGGCCUUCUUGCAGUUUUAUAUCAUUGUUUUAUUUUGUUUUUUAAAUAAAUCCUAGUGGUUUGGUCCAAAUCCCAUUACAGUUGUAUAAAGAAGCAAAAUUUUGUACUUACAUUAUUAAAGAUCACAUUUUUAA